CUUCAACAGGCCGACAUAUCUCACGUACUGUUGUUAGCAGCCAGCCUGGAAGCCGUGCUUGUUGGUCUCGCACAGAGCCCAGCCUAGCACGGCCCAAGGCUCCGGAUAAAACCCAUGGCUCAACCAUCAGACGGACCGGAGGCGGCGCUGCUUGACCUCCUCCACAUAUCCCGGAACGGAGCCAACCGUGUUGGAAAUCUCGUCCUCAACACGGCAAACUGGGUGCAGGCCGCACUCGGCACGCCGCCGGCACCACCGGCACCAGCGGAGGCCAUCGAGGACGGGUGGGAGGUGGUCGUGGACGACGGCACCUUGAGCGGCAGCGACGACACGAGUGACCUCGAGGACAGGUACGACGACAACGGUGGCCUGUUCGACGGAGAGCCCAUCACCGGAGGAUACACCCUGGCCGAGUGUCUCAGUGACUACGGCAGCAGUGUUGACGAAUCCGCCGUCGACAGCUCCAGCGGCGAUGAGGGUGGAUUCGGCAACCGGUGGGAGCCCCCAGGCAACGAGGGUUUCAGGCGCAUAGUCAUGAGCGACGGGGGCGGGUGCGGCAAGUCGAGCGAAGGAGGCGGCUCGGAUGACGAGGUCCAGUCCAGCCGUAAUAGCCGUUGUAGCGGCCAUCCCAAGCUUGACGAUGACGGCGUCCAACCGCAAACUGACGCCAAUCUUAACUGCGAGGAGGGAGAUGAAAGUGACAGCGACAACGAUGUAUACGUUGACGCUCGGAGUCAUGUCGAGUCUGAGCACCUCUCUCAAGACCAGGCCCCGAUGGCUGAUGCCACCAGCGAGCCACAGAGUUCCAACCCGCUGGAAUCCCACCGGGCGCCUGUCGCUGGCUGCAAGUUCUACGCAAAGCUCGAGGCCAUGCUGAGGGCUCGAGUUGCCGCUCUGUGGGAGAAGGCGCUCGCGGCGCAGAAGGCAGCCAUGGUCGCCGAGUCGGGGGUGGAAGCCAAGCCAGGAAGCGCACCAACUGUCACUGCCCAGUCUCGUCAAAGGACAGGUGUGUUCAACCGCGGGCAAGACCUCUCUGCGUCCUCGCCGGCGGCCGGAGGAACCUUGCCAUUGAGAACCGGGGUGUGGAGUAGCAGGGCCAAGUCACUAGGUCCUAUAGCGCGUGGCGCGUGUUGGUCGAGGCGACCCGGCAACAGGCCACGAAGAAGCAGAUUAGCGGACCAGAGUGAGCCACCAGAGCGGGCAAGCUUCUGCGCGGAUCAUGGUUUGGGGGGUACCGCGGGCCGGCGGUCACAGUGGCAUCAAAUUGAAGAGGCCACUGUCAAGAAUCCCGGCCGCGAGUUCGGCGUUGGGGACAUGAAUGAGAGAAGCCGAAGGACAAACGGUCCAUGGUGGCGGCCACCGGAACCUUACAUUGCUCCAGAAACAACAAUCGGAAAGUCAACCGGUUCUCGACAAAGUCGUUUUCCCGUCACGAACGGCAGGAAAAGUGCAUCGCCGAUGCCACAAGAUCGGAGUCAGCCGUAACUUGGAACGGGCGACCAGAU